AGCGGUCUGUGUACCGAGCGCUCUAACCGCGGUCGUGCAUUGUGCACGACCCCGGCUGGUUUCCCCCACGAGGAAACUGCAGAGCCGCGAGCUGGGGAGCCUGUCAGCCUCCCGAGCAGUGGGGCAGGGAAUCAGCUAUGUCUUUCUGUCCUGGCGGAGUGCUAGGUGGGGAGCACUGCAGACCCAUAGGUGGGCAGGGACGACGUUUCAUGACCCGCUGUCCUCGCAGCCUGGCCUCUGACCCCUCCCUAGGCCCGCACUCAGCCCUAAUCCCCCCCAAUCCCGGGCGAGGCCCAACUGACCUCGCGGGCUCUGGCGCCUCCUGGUGGCCGCCGGCGGCUCCACAGCGCUGCCCACGCACACCUCGGCGCCGGCUCCCGCAUCUCCUCCUCCACACAAACCAGGGCCGAGCCGCAGCCUCUGCUCCACGGAGCUUCGGCUGGCCUCGCCCCGAGCCGCGCGGUCACCACGCCCCGCUGUGCCCGCAGGCCGGCUGCCACGUGGAGCUGCUGUUCCUGCGCUACAUCUCCGACUGGGACCUGGACCCGGGCCGCUGCUACCGCGUCACCUGGUUCACGUCCUGGAGCCCCUGCUACGACUGCGCGCGGCACGUGGCCGACUUCCUGCGCGGGAACCCGAACCUCAGCCUGCGCAUCUUCACCGCGCGCCUCUACUUCUGCGACGGCCGCAAGGCGGAGCCCGAGGGGCUGCGGCGGCUGCACCGCGCGGGCGUCCAGAUCGCGGUCAUGACCUUCAAAGAUUAUUUUUACUGCUGGAACACUUUCGUCGCGAACCGUGAGAAAACAUUCAAGGCCUGGGAGGGGCUACACGAGAACUCGGUCCGUCUGUCCAGACAGCUGCGGCGCAUCCUGUUGCCGCUCUACGAGGUGGACGACCUGCGCGACGCCUUCCGCGUGCUGGGGCUUUGAACGCCGUCCCCAGGAGCCGCAUGCGCAGCGCCUCAUCCCUGCGGAAGAGAACGAAUGAAAGAGCGGAGCUUCACGUCUGCGCUUCCUUCUGCAGUUCUCACUUUCUUAGCGUGCCGCGGGAGAAAUAUUUGUACGACUGUUUGAAAAUACCCACGUCUUGCAAAUAGAGCAGGAGCGCUGGCGUAGCUGGAGGAAGCGGCCAUCGGCGCAGGCUCGGGCGCAGCGUCGCCCUCGCCUGGCUGCAUCGGAACUGCAGGGCCCGUGGGCGCAUCCUGAACGCCUUUCUGACCUGCAGCAGGCCAGCGCUGCAAAGCCCGCUGAGAGCUGUCCUGUCAGGAUCCCUGUUGCCUCAGCUAUCUGAGCUGUCCUAGCCUCUUCUGACGAGCCCCAUCCUCUGGUGGGCUCCUAAUGAGAAACUCUGGGUGACCCCGACCUCCUCCCCGCCAAGCAUUAAUGAGCAAGCUCAUGUUUUUGUAUUUGUAAGGACGGGGACUUGGGAGGUGGGGUGGAAACUAGUGUAGGUCACCUUUGGCUGACUUUGGUAAGGGAUCUCAGUUAAAACAGACGUGAGGAGGGCCGGGCGCGGUGGUGCAGGACUGUGAUCCUAACAUACUGGUGGCCGAGGCAGGAGGAUCCCUGUUGGAGCUGGAGACCAGCCUCGGCUACUUAGUGAGACCUUGUCUCAGAAACAAACAAAACACAAACAUGAGGCCUGUGAAGAAGGCGCCAUGUGAUGACCUGAUGUCUCAGUGGCACCAUCCUCUGGAAACACAGACGCUGAAAGUCGCCUAUAAACACUCACGGACCUCAUGGCCAGUGCCCAGCAGGAUUUGGAGCGGUGCCGCUUGCAUGUCGAGAAGAGGAGAAUUUCUUCUCUCGUAUGAGUCUGCUGACGCCAGCCAGGCCUAGGUUUUGUACUUUGAUAUGUGUGAUGCUCUCCCCAGAGUUACACUAAUUGGCUAAAGAGGCACCAGGAGCCACAUCAUCGAGGGAGGUGGGGCACGGUGAGAGGAGCUGUGUUGCACCCUGCAGAGGGCUGAGGCCCCUGCGCCUACUCCACUGCCAAAGUGUGUCCUAGAACCGAGGGGAGAGAUUUCCAAGAAUCUGGGCUAUGUAGCGGUUGCCUAGCAACUCUCGCACUGAGACAGUGCAGGUGCAUGGGAAAUCUGCAGGUCCACCUGGUUGGGGAGUGUGUGUUUGUGUGUGUGUGUGUGUGUGUGUGUGUGUGUGUGUGUGUUCGCGCGCGCGCACAUAUACACACUCAGGGAUUGAAUCCAAGGAGCCUGAGCCACACGUGAAUGAGCAAGCCGGCAUGAGUCCUAAGUGCUGAGAGAUGGACAGGUUCAAUGGUCUGUCAGUUGAAAAGUGGAUUUUAAAAAGCAUGGCAUUGCUGUACUGUGGGAUUUUAUUCAACCAUAAAAGGAAAUAAUGGAGUGUCGAUGCUGGUCUAUCUCCUGCGGAGGCAGGGGGAUCAUGAGUUCGAGGCCAGCCUGCAAUACGUAGAACUUGUCUCAGAAAAAAAUGAAGUAUAUAGAUCGAUGGACUUACAACCCUGUGCCCUUUUUCUAUUUUAUUUUAAGACAACUCCCUAAAUUACCCAGCCUGGUCUUCAACUUGUGAUUUCCUUGCCUCAGUCUUCUGAGGAGCUAGAAUUUCAGCCAAGAACCUCCGUGCCUGGUACACAAGUGUUAAUAUUUUAAUCUUACUGUAUGGAUUUGUGAAUUAGUAAAGCAAUAAAACAGUUACUUCAUAUUUUCAUUUAUA